CGUUAUCGCUUGGUCAUUAUUUUCAGUAGGUUGUACUUAGUGCGAAACUUACACCAGAACCAAAAUGUUGUUAUUCAUAGUUUUCUUAAUAAGUAUAUCGGGAGGAUAUGUAUCAGGUCAAUUCGGAUCAUUUCCGCAAGACUCUGGAUAUGUCACAGUCAGAGAAGGUGCUCAUAUGUUCUACUGGUUGUUCUAUACAAUAGCACCUGUACAGAACUACACGGAAAGACCUCUAGUCGUAUGGCUACAAGGAGGUCCAGGGGGGUCAUCUACAGGAAUCGGGAACUUUGAAAUAUUGGGUCCUCUUGACCUGUCACUCCAGAAACGGAAUUAUACUUGGGUAAACAAUUUCAAUGUGCUCUUUAUUGACAAUCCGGUUGGCACUGGAUUCAGCUACGUUGAUGACUUAAGAUUCUUGACUAAGACCAAUGAUGAAAUAGCCUUAGAUUUUGUGCAACUUAUGCGAGGCUUCUACUCAAGGCAUCCAGAAUUUAAUGGAGUUCCAUUAUACAUUUAUGGUCAAUCUUACGGGGGAAAAAUGGCUAUUGACAUGGCCAUCAGAAUGCAUGAGGCAGAAGAAGCGGGUACUAUUGGCUCAAAUUUACGAGGGGUCGCGAUGGGCAAUGCCUGGAUAUCUCCAGUAGACGCUACAUUAACCUGGGGCCCUUUACUCUUAGCAGCAGGAUUAGUAGACGAACAAGGGUAUGAAAAUAUACAAGUUGCUGCCAGAGAAGCGGAAAGAUUAUUUAACGAGGGCCAAUAUUAUCAAUCUACUGCCCAAUGGGCGGCUACUCAGAGAGUAGUAUUCGCUAGUACCAGAAAUGUCGACUUUUAUAAUAUCCUUACUAAGAUGUCAGCAUUUCCUGAUACUACUAGAUCUGCCUUAGAUUUAUCUAAAGAUAUGUUGAUCCGUAAUCAGCCGUACAUGUCUUCUGAGAGAUCACAGGUAUGGAAUCUAGACAAUCUGAUGAACACGAUAGUCAAAGAAGCUUUGGGUAUCCCACAAAAUGUUACUUGGGGCUCGCAAUCGGGACCAGUUUUUGAUUAUUUACGAGACGACUUCAUGAAGCCCGUUACGGAGGGAAUUGAAAAGCUACUAAACGAGACGGACAUUAUAGUCAUGAAAUACAACGGAAAUUUAGAUUUGAUUUGCGACACACCAGGUCAAAUCCUGUGGGUAGACAGACUUAAAUGGCCCGGGGCUGAAGGAUUUAAGAAUGCGCCUCGGCAGCCUAUUUGGGAAAACGAUCGUCUAGAGGGAUACUACAAAUCUUAUGGCAACUUCAGAUUUUUCUGGAUCAACGUCGCGGGGCAUAGUGUGCCAAGAGAUAAUCCUGCAGGCUCUAACGCUUUCCUUCGAGAUAUGACUUCGUUUGGCUGAAUAUGAAGAUUCAAAAUAAAAAUAUUUAUUAAAAAAAAA